AUGACGGCUAUGCAGUAUGACCUUACAUGUGAUUGGCUCACACGUUCAUGUCCCUAUGAAGUGGUUGUUUUCACUGAAAUUCAGUGGGGACUUGGGCGGCAAGACGCCACGUGGGAAAUCGCUGGAUGGGCUUUUGUGGUGACGGCAGAUCCGGACAACAGAUACAGUGGGGUUGCCAUUGCCAUAUCAUCCCGAGUGGCGACCGCGUCGCAGAUCACGUUCUGCUCGUGGGUGCCAGGCCGCAUUCUUCAUGUUAAGUGCGAGGGCCAGCAAGUCACGUUAGAUAUAAUUGGCCUCUAUCAAUGGGUGAAGAGGGAUGAUCACAAGCUCGUUAAUGAGGCGCGCAGGUCUUCUUUCUGGACGCAACUAGGCAGACUGCUCAGCAAGCUUCCCCUGCGUAAUCUUCUGGUUUUGCUGGGGGAUUGGAACACGCCGGUGGAGCACCUGCCUGGGCUAGUUGGACGUGGCGUGCUUCGGUCAGCCACCAGAGGCGCAGAUGAGGACUUGCAACAACUCCUGCAGGUUCACCGGCUAGUGAUGCUGAACACAUGGGGUAGGGCACAGGCCUCUACUGCAUUUACUUUUCAGAAUGGUACUGUUCGGUCGCAGAUUGAUUUCAUUGCUGUUCGGAAGGAAGCUGCAGACACAAUUGCGCGCAGAGCCGCGCCCAGUCCACUGGAUUUGAUGCCUGGGAAGAUGGGACCGAGGCACAGGCCAGUCUGUGACUGCAUCCGACAACAGGGGCCUGCACUGAUUGAGCUGCGGCAACAGGUUGCAAGUAUUUUCCGGGCCUAUGCCAGUUUCUCUCGUCAAUGGCGUGCUCUGCGCGCGGCUAGUCGCACAGAGAGGCGGCAAUGGUUGCAAGAGCAGAUUGCCCUGGCCCAGGAUCAGGUUCGAAUUAGGACCCCGGAAGGUCACCUCCUUAGCCUUAAGCAGCAAUAUGAUUCUAUCUAUGACUACUUUGCAACGGCCUUCGGACCCUUCGACCACGCAAAGCUGUCCCGCCUGGAUGUCCGCCGGCAGAAAUUUGGCAGCUCCAACCAGAUGCCUCAGCUGAUUUUCUCCAGCGCGUCUUACAUGCUGCGUGUACCAGUGGUAGGCCUUCAAGAUCCGGCUGCUAAGCUGCUUGCAAGUGCUGUAAAGAGUAGAGUACAGGCCACUGUCCUGCCGUGGUUGAUGCAGCAUCCGCAAUUUGCCUAUUGCAAGGGCAAGUCUCUGGAUGAGGCCAUCACCAGAGCAGCUGAUCACUGCAAGGCAGUACGCGACGAGCUUAAGUCGGCUCAGGUUAGUGUCCAGGCUCGUAGGUGGGCGCUUGUUGCCAGCCUGUUGCAUGCCAAGGUGGAGGCUUCACUUAUUGAUAUCAUAGUGGCCAUCCAUGAGGGGUGCACUUAUCAUGUUACGCAUGCGCAGCACACCGGCUGGGCUUUCAAUGGAGCUCCACACAUCAUACUGCCUUCGCUGACGAUAAUUUGGUUCAAUGGCGGAUCAGGUCUUUUGAUCCGGGUGCAAGGAAAUGUGGCGAAAGGACAUGCAACUUUCGUCUGCGAGCUGCCAAGCUUGUGCGCCAGCGUCUUUUGCGCGUUUUGCACUCCCGUGGCCUUCGUGACAGAGUUCGUCUUCAGCUUCACGGUGCUUGUGUCAGGAGCGGCUGAUGCACGGUUUGUCAGAGCAAUUGCUCGGGAUCCUGUGCACCUGACCAGGAGACACAUGGCGACCACGGCGGAGGAAAACCAGCCUACGACAGCUGCACAGGAGAUGCUUUCAGUCCUCGGCCUGGCCAAACAUGCCAUGACCGGGAAUCCCGAAGACCCGUGGGCCCGACGGGAACCCACUGCGUCGCUGGAAGAAGAUGCAUCGAGGGCCUCGAAGUGGCCCAAGCAGCAGUCAAAGGGCCACACGGGCAAGGGGCAGGCAUGGGAUCAGUGGCGUCCUCACGGCCAGGACUGGUUCCAGAAGGACGAGUCGACUGCUACGGUGGACCAGGCGACGCAGCAGGUGAUUACGGCCCUGGUGAAGAUGGCCAUUCGGCACGAGGAGGAGCUUGCCAAGAUCCGCAUCGAUACCACGAUGAUCUUUUAUUUGGACACAGGGUCGGCGGGCAUCCUUCCGCUGAUACGCCAGAUGGCCGAGGCAUGGUCGACCGAGUUCGAGGCAGGGAAGGUGACAUCGCCGCUGAAGGUGGUCCUUCUCUUGGGCAUUUUCCAGGAGGUGAGCACCAGGAUCACAUCCAUUCUCCAGGACGAGGAGAAGCACCAGAAGGCGCUGGAGUGGGCCUGGCUCCAAGCCGGGGCCACGGCGUUGGAUCCCCUAUGGACCUACUUUCAGUGGAACACCACAGCCAGAAAACAGGAGCCCAGUCCACUCCCUCCCAUCAAGAACAGCGAGGUCCGGAAGCACCUGGACUACCUGACCCACCAUCUGUCCGAUGCCAACAUCCUCACCCGGUUCAAGGCCACGAGAAGAAUGUCAAGCACGGAUCGCUACGCCAGUGCAGUCUUGCCGUUUUUCUGCGCCCUAAGCCUGAGAGGCGAGAUUGCCACCGCCUGCCAUACGGCUAUCAGGGCACUGGUCAACUGCUCGGCGCUGAAGACGGUGGGCUUGCGGAUCAAGCCUGCUCGGGGGGAAAGACAACCCCUAGCAGCGGAGCUGGAGAAGGCCUACCUCGAGGUGCCCUACACGCAGUGGCAGGCGCGCGAGCAGAGCUGGAAGCGGACGGAUCGCCGAGCGCAGCGAGAGGGCGGCAAAGCGAGCGAGGGGGCCGAGCAAGGCCAGCAGGAGAUGGAUGCGUGGCUACCUCAGUUCAGGUUUGGGGAAUGGGCUGCGCGCCUGACGAACCCACAUGUGGUUACUGAUUCAGGGAGUGGCCCAAGCAUAGGUAUGGUGAUUGCCCUGCAGCUUCCUAAGGGAGUGUAUGUGGAGAUGCUAGAGGAAUGGCUUCUGCUCCAGGCCUACUCCGGUCUAUGGCGUGAGAUGGGGCAGGACAAACUACCGCCCGCGCUCUCCAUGGCAGUGCGAAAUGACAUUAUACAUGCUGCCGUAACUGCGCUGGAGCCGGAGCUAUGCGCUGUCUUCCUGGACUAUGCAGAAAGGCUGCAAAAGGAACUACCGCGGUAUGCUGCCACCUCGUUUCCGCUGCCGUGCGCACUACCCUCACAACCGUCUUCCGCGGAGUGCAUCGCUCAUGCCUUGUUGGGGCAGGGCCAUGGCUCUCUCUGGACCAGCGCCAGACAGGUCGCAGCCGAGCUCUCAUACCACACGGUGCACAGGGCCAUUGGUACCCACCUCUCUUUCAGUGUCGGAGCCUAUGGACACCGUGGCUUCGUGGGGAUGCUGAAACAGACCGGGACACAUCAGUCUGUUUGUCGACUGCUGAAUGCUCUGGUCACCCAGAUUUAUCCUGCUCAUGUCUGGACCACUGUCACAGUGAAUGUCGAUCUGCAGGCGCCGACACACAUUGAUGUGGCAAAUGCUUCGUAUGCCAGCCUGCUACUGGGGCUGUCGCACUUUGAUGAUGGUACCCUCUGGGCCGAGAACGAGUCAGGCCUCCUGAAGGAGUUGGCCACCCAUUGGGGAGGGUUCUUCGCUUUGCUUGGUUCCUUUAGGUUCCCGCCUGCAUCUGCCUUUCCAGUAGGUCGCAGCAGCUGUGCCUUUGAUGUGAAAGCAUCAUUCAGAGGGGCCAAUGCUGAGUACCCAGAGGACGUGGCCUCACAGCGUACUGGCGAGCGUUAUAAGUACGCGUACCGGGUCAGCCUUUUUCAGUGGUGCUUUUAUUUACAUUGGAAUUUGGCACAGUCGCGAAG